GCGCCCUAAAGCGUUCUUUCUCGGGCCACGCCCCCCACGGGCCUCCGGACACGACCCUGGCGUCACGUUCGCCUCAGCCCGGCAAGCGGAAAUGAUGCAAUUUCCGCGCGUCGGCAGGAUGGCCGGGCCAUGGCGGCGGGCACAGGCUACGUGCGUCUGUGGGGCGCAGCGCGGUGUUGGGCACUACGGCGACCGCUCCUGGCCGCCGCGGGUGCACGGGCCCCAUCUGCGGCUGAAGCCUGGCUGUCCAGGGGCCGACGAACUGGUGACGCCUCGCUUCCCUGGACUCUGUGGGGUCGAGGCCCUGCGGGCACGAGUCAUUGGCGGGGGCUCUGGGAGGCGAGUAAUCGCGGUGGGAGCGGCUCAUUCUCCGGCAGUGAGGACGCCUCCGAGGGCGGCGCAGAGGAUGGAACGGGGGGCGCGGGGGGUAGCGCGGGCGGCGGGGAGGGCCCCAUCAUCACGGCGCUCACGCCCAUGACGAUCCCGGACGUGUUCCCACACCUGCCGCUCAUCGCAGUCACCCGCAAUCCGGUGUUCCCGAGAUUUAUCAAGAUUAUUGAGGUGAAAAAUAAGAAGUUGGUUGAGCUGUUAAGAAGGAAGGUCCGUCUUGCCCAGCCCUAUGCCGGUGUCUUUCUAAAGAGGGAUGACAACAAUGAGUCUGACGUGGUCGAGAACCUAGACGAGAUCUACCACACGGGGACGUUCGUCCAGAUCCAUGAGAUGCAGGACCUUGGAGACAAGCUGCGUAUGAUCGUCAUGGGGCACAGAAGGAUCCACAUAAGCCGACAACUGGAGGUGGAGCCUGAGGAGCCAGAAGGUGAGAACAAGCAGAAGCCCCGGAGAAAGCUGAAGCGGGGCAAGAAGGAGGUGGAGGAUGACCUGAGCGCCAAGAGCCAGGUGGAGCUGGCGAUGGAACCUGGCCUAGGCGCCCCCCAGGAGGUGCUCAUGGUCGAGGUUGAGAACGUUGCCCACGAGGACUUCCAGGUCACAGAGGAAGUGAAAGCCCUGACUGCCGAGAUCGUGAAGACCAUCCGCGACAUCAUCGCCUUGAACCCACUGUACAGAGAGUCGGUGCUCCAGAUGAUGCAGGCAGGCCAGCGUGUGGUGGACAACCCGAUCUACCUGAGUGACAUGGGCGCUGCGCUGACUGGGGCCGAGUCCCACGAGCUGCAGGACGUCCUGGAGGAGAUCAACAUACCCAAGCGACUGUACAAGGCCCUGUCCCUCCUCAAGAAGGAGUUUGAGCUGAGCAAGCUGCAGCAGCGCCUGGGCCGAGAGGUGGAGGAGAAGAUCAAGCAGACGCACCGCAAGUACCUCCUGCAAGAACAGCUGAAGAUCAUCAAGAAGGAGCUGGGCCUGGAGAAGGAGGACAAGGACGCCAUCGAGGAGAAGUUCCGCGAGCGCCUGAAGGAGCUGGUGGUCCCCAGGCAUGUCAUGGAUGUGGUGGACGAGGAGCUCAGCAAGCUGGGCCUGCUGGACAACCACUCCUCCGAGUUCAAUGUCACCCGCAACUACCUGGACUGGCUGACCUCCAUCCCGUGGGGCAAGUACAGCAAUGAGAACCUGGACCUGGUGCGGGCCCAGGCCGUGCUGGAGGAGGACCACUAUGGCAUGGAGGACGUCAAGAAGCGUAUCCUGGAGUUUAUUGCCGUCAGCCAGCUCCGCGGCUCCACUCAAGGCAAGAUCCUCUGCUUCUACGGCCCUCCCGGCGUGGGCAAGACCAGCAUCGCCCGCUCCAUCGCCCGUGCCCUGAACCGCGAGUACUUCCGCUUCAGCGUCGGGGGCAUGACGGAUGUGGCCGAGAUCAAGGGGCACAGGCGCACCUAUGUGGGGGCCAUGCCAGGAAAGAUCAUCCAGUGCCUAAAGAAGACCAAGACGGAGAACCCCCUGAUUCUCAUCGACGAGGUGGACAAGAUCGGCCGGGGUUACCAGGGUGACCCCUCUUCGGCACUGCUGGAGCUACUGGACCCAGAGCAGAAUGCCAACUUCCUGGACCACUACCUGGAUGUGCCUGUGGACUUGUCCAAGGUACUGUUCAUCUGCACAGCUAAUGUCACCGAGACCAUCCCAGAGCCGCUGAGGGACCGCAUGGAGAUGAUCAACGUGUCUGGCUACGUGGCCCAGGAGAAGCUGGCCAUCGCCGAGCGCUACCUGGUGCCCCAGGCCCGUGCCCUCUGUGGCCUGGAUGAGAGCAAAGCCAAGCUGUCGUCGGACGUGCUGACCCUGCUCAUCAAACAAUACUGCCGGGAGAGUGGCGUCCGCAACCUGCAGAAACAAGUGGAGAAGGUGUUGCGGAAGUCCGCCUAUAAAAUCGUCAGCGGCGAGGCCGAGUCUGUGCAGGUGACACCUGAGAACCUGCAGGACUUCGUGGGGAAGCCAAUCUUCACCGUGGAGCGCAUGUACGACGUGACACCCCCUGGCGUGGUCAUGGGACUGGCUUGGACCGCCAUGGGAGGCUCCACACUGUUUGUUGAGACUUCCCCGAUGCGGCCACCGGACAAGGACGGCAAGGGGGACAAGGUCGGGAGCCUGGAGGUGACAGGACAGCUGGGGGAGGUGAUGAAGGAGAGCGCUCGCAUUGCCUACACCUUCGCCAGGGCCUUCCUGAUGCAGCAGGACCCCAGCAACGACUACCUGGUGACCUCACACGUCCACCUGCACGUGCCCGAGGGCGCCACCCCCAAGGACGGCCCGAGCGCCGGCUGCACGAUCGUGACAGCUCUGCUCUCCCUGGCCAUGGACCGGCCAGUGAGACAGAACCUGGCCAUGACGGGCGAGGUGUCCCUCACAGGGAAGAUCCUGCCUGUUGGGGGCAUCAAGGAGAAGACCAUUGCGGCUAAGCGUGCUGGCGUGACAUGCGUGGUGCUGCCAGCUGAAAACAAGAAGGACUUCUAUGACCUGGCCGCGUUCAUCACUGAGGGCCUAGAGGUUCACUUUGUGGCACACUACCGCGAGAUCUUCCCCAUCGCCUUCCCUGAGGAUGAGGCACAGGCCCUGGCUGUGGAGCGGUGA